UUACACCCUCCCAGUUACACAGAACACAGCGAGGAGGGCAGAAGGAGGUUGGGAAACAUCUGGAGUGCCGGGGACAGGACGGGGACAGGACGGGACUUGCCGCCACAUAUUACCGGAUUGCUCUGCAGGAUUCUGAGGAGUUAACCCUCGGAGGGCAUCGAUCGACACCAUGGACCCCAGACAGGGCAGGCUCACCUGCUCGCUGGUCACCCCGGUCUUGGUGGCGACCAUCGGCUCCCUGCAGUACGGGUACAACACCGGAGUGAUCAAUGCCCCUGAAAAGAUCAUCAGGGCGUUCUAUAAUGAGACGUACGUCCAUCGCUACAACGAGUAUAUUUCAGAAAGCCUCCUGAUAUCACUCUGGUCCCUCUCUGUGGCCAUAUUCUCUGUAGGGGGGAUGGUGGGCUCCCUCUCCGUGGGCUACUUCGCCAACCGUUUCGGCAGGAGGAAUGCCAUGCUACUAGUCAAUGUCUUGGCUCUGGUCGGAGGUGCCUUAAUGGCACUUUCUAAGAUUGCCUGGUCCCCAGAGAUGCUGAUUAUUGGAAGAUUCAUCAUUGGAGCUUUCUCUGGGUUCUGCACUGGUCUAGUGCCGAUGUACAUUGGGGAACUGUCGCCCACUCGUUACCGAGGAGCUUUGGGGACACUCAACCAGCUUGGCAUCGUGAUUGGAAUAUUGAUAGCACAGGUUUUUGGUCUUGAGUUCAUCUUGGGUUCAGCGACCUUCUGGCCCCUGUUGUUGGGUAUCACAGUCUUCCUGGCAAUCAUCCAGUGUAUCCUGCUGCCAUUCUGUCCUGAAAGCCCCCGUUACCUGCUGAUCAUCAAGCAUGAACCGGAGAGAGCUGAAAAAAUUUUACAGAAACUUCGACAAUCCCAAGACGUGUCCUCAGAAAUUACAGAAAUGAAGGAGGAAGGGGAGCGAAUGUCGCAGGAGAAGCCCGUGUCCUUUAUUGAAUUAUUCCGCUCCAGGCAGUAUCGCCAGCCCAUCAUUAUCGCCAUCGUUCUGCAGCUGUCACAGCAACUGUCCGGGAUCAAUGCCGUCUUCUACUACUCUACCAGUAUUUUUGAGAAUGCCAAAGUCCCCAAUCCAAUCUACGCCACCAUCGGCGCUGGUAUUGUGAAUGUGGUGUUCACAGUUGUAUCGCUUUUGGUAGUAGAACGUGCCGGUCGGCGGACACUACACCUCACCGGCCUCGGUGGAAUGGCCGUUUUCGCUCUGAUAUUGACAAUUGCUCUUAAGCUUACGGAACAGACCUUUGGGUGGAGUUACGUGAGCAUUGUAUCCAUCUACCUCUAUGUGGCUUUCUUUGAGAUUGGCCCAGGACCUAUCCCUUGGUUCAUCGUGGCUGAGCUUUUCAGCCAAGGACCACGACCAGCAGCUAUGGCCGUAUCAGGCUGCUCAAACUGGACAGCCAACUUCCUUGUUGGAAUGUUAUUCCCCUAUGCAGCGACUGGAUGCGGCCCAUACGUCUUCCUCAUCUUCGUGAUACUUCUGAUAGUGUUCUUCAUCUACACGUUCUUCAAAGUUCCCGAGACCCGCGGACGGACAUUCGAGGAAAUCGCCAAGGAUUUCCAAAAGUCUAAGGGCCUGGGUCAUGGCGGCCCGAGUAGCAGCAUGGAAUUGACUGGAGUGAAAGUGCCUUCAGGACAGAUGGAGUAGAAGAAAAGUGAUGGACCUGCACAAAAAACUAUACUGUAAAUAACAGUUGAGGACCUUAUUCUGGGGACAACUGGUGCAUCAGAGAUUACCAGCACGUUUCAAUGAGGACACAAAGCCGGUUUCUGAAACUGUAAAGUUAUUGUCCCCUUUUUCCUUCAAUAUGAAGCAACUCUCUGAUGUAUCGGGAUAAAGGAACCGUGAUUAGUAUGGCUUGGGAAGAUGGUGGGCAAAAACUCUGAGAACUUCUGAAAACUUUGGAAAACACAAACCAAGCCCUUGAAAGAACCUCUCUUGUACUUCACAGCAGCAGUGGUGCGGUAAAAUAGAUGAUACCAGGCACUAUUAUGGGUGUAAUCAGUCAA